UCAAAUCUCUCUAUGUCUCUCUAUGUUCAAUCCAAAUAAAUAAAGAAAAGAAAGGGAAGGAAUAAAGGGCGUGCAACACACCGUGUUUCUAAGUAAAAGUUGUUGUCUUUCUUUCUUCCCUGGUUAAACUACGUGAAAUAUAAUCAAAUACAAAGGAAAAAGAAGAGACACAGUGAUCAACAAGAAGAAGAAGAAGAAGAAGAACAACAUGACCAUGGACCGAAUGUCUGAGAGCAGUUCAGACUCACCCUCACGAGACUCAAGAGUGUUAUCCAUCGAAUGCCUCAAAGGAAGUUCAAAAGCCGACGAGUGGACCGGUGACAUGCUUCAAACCGGUGAUAUAGUUGAAGAACUCCGAAUCGGUGGCUCGACCAACUCACUGAUCCGGUUCAAAUCGCCCUUCAAGAACGGUCGAACCGGCGUCAACAAGAUCCUUCAGGACUCCUACAAGAAGAAGGAGACAUCGAUCCUCGUCCUGGUUCGCCGAGGAUCCGAUGAGUUCGCCGAGUUGCAGGCUUGUAUUGUCCCCAACGAUUCCUACGGAAAGAAACAGUACGUUCUCAGGUCCAUCUCUGAUCCCAACUACGUUGUUGGAUUCUUGGAUCGAACCGAAACUGAAUGCUUCCACCUUCAAGCAUCAAGGAGCACUAGGAUGGUAAAUGAGCUAUCCAAGACCAGAUUACAGGAUGGAUAUGUGUCGUAUCCAUGGGAGAGAAGGAUGCAGGAGUUGCUAUCAGUUCCCAAUUCUAGCAGCUUUUUUUCCAUAUUACUUCUUCCCAAAGCUUCAGAUAGGGUAGCUUCUCGCUACAAUGAUGUUGAGGACACCUUAGCCAGGGCAAAUGCAUGGCUCAAUGCAGCUCAAGCUACAGGGGUCCCUAUUCUCUUUAUGAACAUCCAAACUGAGUCCCUACUUACUAAGAUAUCUGGAGAGACAGCUUCUUCUACUGUGAAUGCAGGGUCAUUAUCUGACUUAUCUAACCUUGCAAAUGUAAGCCUUUAUGGCUUUGAGGAUUAUCAUGGAGUAGACAUUGGUGUUGUUAGAGCAAUUCGGCUAUGGUAUGCUCCAACCGGAGGAGAGUUCUCAAUUGAGAUAAAACUAAAAGAGGAUGACACAAAGCUUGGCUUUGCCAUUAGUCGUACAGAAGAGGGUUUUAUUUUCAUUUCAUCAGCUAUUGAUGAUGGUCAAGAAAAUCUACCAGCAACACGUUCAGGGCUUAGCAAUCUGUAUAAAGCAGCAACAGAUACUUCAAGGUUGUUGGUAGUUUCAAGGCUUUCAAAUCAAAGAGUCCUUCCAUGGAUGGUGUCUUCUACAGGAGCCAUGCGGUGUUAUGACACAGUUUCAUUGAGCCAGAAACUCUCCUUGCAUAGACACACCAAAGUUCCUAUUCUCAUGCACGUCUUCCUUUGGGACCGAGCAUUGGCUUCUUCAAGUGGAGGAAGUACAAAAUCAAAGGCUUUGUCUCCCUCUGUGUUGCCAUUACCACCUGAAAUUCAAUUGGCACACCAUCCAAAUGAGAAUCAAAUACAGCCAUUUUCACCCCAUGAAGGAUCUGAUCAAGGUGAUUUCAUCAGUGAUGGUUCGCAGCCAAUGCAGCUUGAGAGGGACACAGCUGGGGAUGUCUCAUUCAGAUUCCAUGACUUCUCCUUGUCCGGCAAAUGGGUAUGAAUAUGAUAUACAUCAUACAACAUACCGAGUUUUUCUUUUUUCCCACCUUGUUUUCUUUUUGUACAUACAGAAUAUAAAUAUGUAUUGCUCCAUUCCUUCCUUUUGUAAGGUUUAGAGUUUCUUUUGCUUCAUUAGCUUGUUAACAGAAAAGCAGAAUAAACCUUUUAGAAUUGCUUUGUUGAAAUU